CUCUCUCCUGCUCUUUUGUCCCGUUCUCUCCUCCCAAACCCUAAUAAUCGAAUCACUUUUCCUCGAAUCACUUCUCCUCUCUGACGUGUGAUCUCUAAGCUGCGGGUUUUCUCCCCGAUUGCAUCCGCGCCCUCUUCAUCGCCGUGCGAUUCGCCACCUAUCGAGGGUGCUGUAAUUACACUAUUGUGUUGCCAAGGCAGUGGCUACUGUGAUACAACUGUAGGAGUGCAAAAGCAUUGUGGUCCCUUUCGUUUGUGGAGCACGAAGAUGACACAGAAAGGGGAUAUGUUCAAGGGGCAGCAAAAGAAGAAGAAGAUCCCUCCCAAUCGCCAUGGCAAAGCUGCUCAUAUCAGGAAAGGAAAGAGAGUUGUGAAAACUUCUAGUUUCAGCAAGGAAAUGGAUGCCAACCGAGAAAUAACCAAGUUUAUAAACCAAUGCAAUGAGAUAAAAGCUGCUUCUCUUGCUAGCAAAGAAGGUGGUGAGCUUAGUAUAGUCAAGACCAGUGCCGAUACCUUGAGUUCCGCAAAGAAGUAGGUGUCACCAAUAUAUAUUUUUGAGGGCUGUACAAUGGGGGUUUGCAGUUGGAUGAAAACAGUUCUCUCCGAGCUUAGAAGUAGUUUCUUGUACUGCUUGUGGAUUGAGAUCUUGUUUGGAGCAAAAUUUUGAAGAAAUGUGUAAUCUUUAAGCAGUUUGAAUGUCUUUAUAAUGGCAUCUGAGAUUUGCUAAUUUAUGCCAGGUUUAAUAUUUUAAAUUUGACUUUUCAAAUCCUGAAGAAUUUCCUUGUCA